CCGUCGCUGCAGUGCGUCGCGGGGAGAUUGCGUGAGGUGCUCCGGGGCUAGGCGCCGGCUGAGGGGCGAAGGGCCGGCGGGGGUGGAGCGGCGGCGGCGGCGGCGGCCGAGCCCACGGGCCGCCCCAGAAAUGAACCGCAAGAGAAGCCAGAUACCAGACGUCUUCCGGCAGGUCAAAAGGCGUAAAUUAGGGAUUACAGAUGAAUUUAACUUGUUGGAUAAAAAGGAAACAGAAAAGUAUGAAGAUGUACCAAACGACACGAAAUCUGCGUUGAUUUUUCUGACAUCCUUGUUUCCUCGUAAGUUAUUUGAUGAUUCCCUUCCGCCCAUUGUUCUGAAGCAUCAACUCUACAGCAUUGUUAAAGACAAGACCACGGUCGAUCGUCAGCUGAAUGAGAUGAAGGAUCUGGGAGCUGUUCGAAUUUUCCAGUUUGGAUUUGACAUGGACGUGUUUGGCGUUGUGUUUAGUGAGGAUUACAAAAGUAGAGUUCUGGCUGCUACGGCAACGAGGGAGUCUGCGGCAACAGUGCAGAGGUUUCUGGAGUCGGUGCUGAAUUCGUGCAUGGACAUGGGUUUCACCAAGGAUCAAUUGCUCAAGGACUUUUCGUUUCGGGACCAAGAAAUAACGCAGCUGGUGAAUGCUGGAGUCCUGACGGUCCGUGACGUUGGAAGCUGGUGGCUUGCUAUUCCAGGCGCUGGGCGAUUUGUGAAAUAUUUUGUGAAAGGUCGUAAAACAGUUCUUGGGAUGAUCCGGAAAUCGAAGUACAAUGAAGUCUUGCAGUCGGAGCUGGAAGCUCGGAAAGUAACCUCCACAGUGAAGAUGGGGAUCCAGUAUCAUGUCCAUGACAUUGUUGGAGCAGAGUUGGUGAAAUGCAUCCCAACAGCCAGUGGAACUUUACUGCGCCUGAACAACACCUGACCAACGGCAAACCUGCAAUUGGACCAAGCCUGAGGGACGGAUACACUGGGCAAGGAUGUAAUGAGUCCUGGGAGAAGUGCCGGAAAUCGGGACGCACUUUGAAAGGAAGGGAAAAAGGGAUGCUGACAUAAAAUGUCAAAUGAAAGUCCUGUUACAAUGACUGAAGGAGGAACUAAAUGUUACAGCCUUUAAUUGCCAAAUUAAUGAAAACAGAAUAACAUAUUUAUAUAUGUAUGUGUGUGUGUAUGUAUGUGUAUAUAUAUGUGUGUGUAUAUAUAU